AAAGCAAGAAGAAAGAGUUCAGGGUGAGAGAGAUAAGAAGUUAAGAUAUUGUGGUGAAAGAUGGGGAGGGGUAAGAUUGAGAUUAAGAGGAUUGAAAACUCAAGCAACAGGCAGGUGACCUAUUCUAAGAGAAGGAAUGGGAUCAUCAAGAAGGCUAAGGAAAUCACUGUUCUCUGUGAUGCUAAGGUUUCUCUUAUUAUCAUUGCUAGCUCUGGAAAAAUGGUUGAUUACUGCAGUGGCCCUCCGGAAACGCUGAAGAAAAUCUUGGACAAAUACCACUCACAGUCUGGAAAGAGGUUAUGGGAUGCAAAGCAUGAGAACCUCUCCAAUGAAGUGGAUAGAGUCAAGAAAGACAAUGAUAGCAUGCAAAUCGAGCUUCGGCAUUUGAAAGGGGAAGACAUAACAUCUUUGAACCAUGUAGACCUGAUGACCUUAGAGGAAGCACUUGAAAUUGGCCUUGCAAGUAUCAGAGACAGAAAGUCAAAGUACGUAGAGGCGGUUAUAGAAAAUGAUAGAGCUCUGGAGGAAGAGCGUAAGCGCCUCACAUACCAGCUGUACAAAGUGAUGAAAAUUGAAGAGAAUUUGAGGGACAUGAACUACAACACCACCACCCAUGGCCAGCAGAUACCUUUUGCCCUCCGUGUCCAGCCUAAUCAGCCCAAUCUCCACGACAUAAUGUAAUAUUCAUGCCGAUAUACAUCCCUGUAUAUUUGCUAUGUUUGAGCUCCCUAUCGUCCUUCCCUCCAAGAACUGAUUAAUGCUUUUAUGGUUUGUAAUAUUAAAGCACUUAAGAAGCUAGUCUGCUUAUGACUAAGUAAUAAUGUUUGUGGGACUUGUAAUAAGUAAUAACUAUAUGGAGGGCUCUAUGUGUUUCUCCUGGUUUGUCUAGCAUUUUCUAACUAAUAAGAUGUACCUGGACUUAGCUGGUGUG